CUCAGCAGCGGCGGUGGUGGCGAUGAUAGCGGCAGCAGCAGCCCUGACGGGGGUGCCAGCCCGGAGCCCUGCCUGGGCUGCGGCGAGAGCAGCGGCUGCAACGUGCUGAGCUGGGAACAAGUGCAGCGCCUGGACCGUAUCCUGAGCGAGACCAUCCCGAUCCACGGCAGGGGCAACUUCCCUACGCUGGAGAUGCAGCCGCGGCAGAUCGUGAAGGUGGUGAGGAGCCGCCUGGAGGAGAAGCGCAUCGGCGUGCGAGAUGUGCGCCUCAACGGCUCGGCCGCCAGCCACGUCUUGCACCAGGACAGCGGCCUGGGUUACAAGGACUUGGACCUCAUCUUCUGCGCGGAUCUGAAAGGCGAAGUCGAGUUCCAGACGGUCAAAGACGUCGUCUUGGACUGCCUUUUGGAUUUCUUACCGGAAGGCGUUAACAAGGACAAGAUCACCCCGCUGACCCUGAAGGAAGCCUAUGUGCAGAAAAUGGUGAAAGUGUGCAAUGAUUCAGACCGAUGGAGUCUCAUAUCCUUGUCUAACAACAGUGGCAAAAAUGUGGAGCUGAAAUUUGUGGACUCUCUGAGGAGGCAGUUUGAGUUCAGCGUAGAUUCUUUUCAGAUCAAGUUGGACUCUCUCCUUCUUUUUUAUGAAUGUUCAGAAAACCCAAUGACUGAAACUUUUCACCCGACUAUCAUUGGAGAGAGCGUAUAUGGGGAUUUCCAAGAAGCCUUUGAUCACCUUUGCAACAAGGUAAUUGCUACCAGAAACCCUGAAGAGAUCAGGGGAGGUGGUCUCCUGAAGUACUGCAAUCUCCUAGUAAGAGGUUUCCGGGCUGCCUCUGAAUCUGAGAUCAAGUCCCUUCAAAGAUAUAUGUGCUCAAGGUUUUUCAUUGACUUCUCAGACAUCGGAGAACAGCAGCGGAAGUUGGAGUCGUACUUGCAGAACCACUUUGUGGGACUGGAGGACCGCAAGUAUGACUAUCUCAUGACACUUCACAGUGUGGUGAAUGAGAGCACGGUGUGCCUGAUGGGGCAUGAGAGGAGACAGACUUUAAAUCUUAUCACUAUGCUGGCCAUCCGUGUACUAGCUGAGCAAAAUAUCAUCCCCAAUGUGGCCAAUGUCACUUGCUACUACCAGCCAGCUCCUUAUGUAGCAGACGCCAACUUCAGCAAUUACUAUAUCGCUCAAGUUCAGCCAAUGUUCCCAUGUCAGCAACACACGUACUCUACUUGGUUGCCCUGCAAUUAACAGUUUUCGUAGACUUGGUGGGGAUCGUGUUUUCUAUCAAGCAAAUCAAGGGGGAGAGCAACACUCCCCCCUUUUUUAAAUGGGGUGGUUUUUUGUGCAAUGGUGGUCUGCUCUAGCUUUUAAGCUUGAGGAAAGCUGUUGGUUCUUCUAUUUAAUGUAAUGGAGCAUGAUUUAGAAAAGAAUGCAAACCAUAUUGGAUUCCACCCCCAGAGCACGAGGCCUGUCAUGGAAAGCAAACAGAUCCCUUGAAAUAAACCAGGGAGGAAUGCUUGGUGACAAUAUGGGUGGGCAGUGCCUGCUCCCAUAGCUAUGGCAUAGUGAAAGUUGGAAAGCCUUCAUUUUUUAAAUGGGAUCUGCAACAAAACAAAAAGAGAGAGGGGGGAAAGCAGGGAAUGGAGAGAGAAUUCGAGCGGGGUGGGGGAAAACUAAAUAUAUGUUCAGGAUUUUUAAAGUUAAAGGCAUAAUGCACAGAUAAGUUGGAAUAAGAUAUAUUUUGGAAUUACUGCCUUUGGGGCAUGCGUUAAGUGCAGUCAGUGGAAUGAUCCCAUAGAAUGUAUAGCUUGCUUGCAUAGAAUGCUUUAAGAGAAAUAGCUUGCUCCAAAUAAAGGGCAGUAGAUGGGUACAGUUAUUUUUAAAAGUGGAAGGUGAGGGGGGGGGAAGAGAGAGAAGGAUUAUGGCAAAUUCCAUUAUUUCCAGCUGUAUGCAUGCUUCACAUUUAAAAGACUGUGGAAAAAAAAAGCAAAACAGCUGUAGCAAGCAACAUAUGCUUCAGGACCAAAGAUUUCACAGAUAUGUUAUCCAAGCAAAGAAGAGGACAGAGUAGACUAUAUUAAAAAAAGAUAUUACUAUAUUUGUACACACACACAUUAAACAAAAGUGCCUGAUGCCUUCAGAAAAUUUGAAGUGAGAAAAAUAUAGUUUUGUGGUUUAACCUUGCAUUUUGUUUUUAUCCAGGGACACAAGAAACUAAAAAUAAGCUUGUGAAUAAAUGGUGGAGGAAAUGCCUAUUUUUUUUUCUUGGCAAAUACCUAUAUAAAGUUUAUAUUAUUGAUGUGAUGUUAUCAUAGGUACGUGUGUGCGUGUGUGCUUAUUGUGUAUGUGUGUGCGUGUGUGUGUGCAUGUGCUGUGUGUAUGUGCGUGUGUGAAAUGUGUUCUAUGUAUAUAUACACACAACAUUUUAAAUAUGGUCUAGGAAAAUGUAGCAAUCUUAAGGAAUGUUUUAAAUAAAAUAUGGUGUGUUUUCCAGUUUGCAACAGGUUAUCAUAAUACUGUGGGCACUUUGCAGAGAGAGUUGUUAUCCCGCACCAGAAAAUCUGGAUAAACAAACUAGUCUUAAAUAAGGUGGGAUUCAAAUGAUAUGGUUGAAAGAACAGACAAAAUAAUUCACUGGGUUACUUGUGAGCCAUGGCAGUUUAAUAUCUAGGCAAACAUUUUGCUUCUCCUGAAUUGUACUGUUUCAACGCUUAACUCACUAGUUCCGUGACUGCAUACCUCCAUGGUAUAUAAGGCACCCAUUGGAAUGUGGCUCAAACAGGUAGCUCCCUUGGCAGUGAAAGGAUAUUGUCUUAGUUGGUGAUUUGAAUACUCAUUAAUAUUUUUUUAUAAAAAGCAAGCAGAAUGCACUAUGCAUUCCGAGACCACUAGAAGUUAGUAAAUGUGAAAUUAACAAUUAUGAAGAAUGUUGCACGUAUGUUUAAAAUUUAUAUGAUAUAUCUAUAUUUUUAUGCAACUAUUAAACAUCUUUGAUCUGGUUGUCACACUGCAUUCUCCAGCUUAGUACUGUACAUUAUUUAAAAUGAAUCAUUUUUGCAUUUGAAACAAAUAAUUUCAAUUUAUUUUCUCUCAAGAGAUGAGUGGAGAGCUGAGAAAUAGCCUUACUGGGAUUUCUUUCCUCCACCACUGUAGUGCUCAUCAGACCGAAGUGUUUGAACUCUUUCUUUCCCCCAACCCCCUUCAGCCACUGUCCUUUAAUGGCAAACAAAAUCUAACGGAACACCUUGAGCACCUCCUAGCCCAAGAGUUAAGUACCAUUAAGACCAUUAACGUAAAAUCGAUGGGUUCAAAUAGUCUAAAAGGUUCUGUUGGAUUGUGACCCAGAUGCUGUUGUCUUAAUGCCAAGAAAAGGGCUGAAUGUUACCAUUCUAAAGAGGAAAGAACCAAUGCCACUCACCACUGUAGAAUCAAGUGGAGCAGUUGCUGCACAACGUUAAAGCAACAAAACAUAUUUAAAGUGGAGGGAUUAGCAGGUUGCUAACCAGGCAGUUUAGUGUCCUUUUGUCCCAAUGGAUUUGGCAAUGUAUUUUCUUUUUACCCGUUUUAAAUGAUCAAAAUGUUUCUGUUUUUAACCAUUUUUUUAACGUACAAAAGCCUGUUUAACACAAUCCCAAUUUGUUUACUCAAGCCUCUUUCCUGAGGAUUCUGCAGGAAAUGACCCACCAUUGUCCUGCCCCAGUCACCCGCUUGCUUCCCCUCUUUCUGAGGCCUGUUGGCCUCAGCCUGCUAUUCAAAUAAAAGAAAAUGAACAUGUAUUUUGGUCAGUUUUCAGUUGCAAAAAUGAAAUGUUUGUUUCUGUCAGCCCAUUCUCAACAGUAGCAAAUUAAGAGAGAUGCCCUUGGUGAAAAUCAGAGCUUAGCCUGUAUUUGUCCAGAGGGCUUUCUGGCGGAAGCAAAGCUGAAGGCUGGGGAAAUAGGAUCAGCUGGUAACGUGGUAUGUCCUUUCUUACCACAGCUAUUUGCUGCAAAUAAAUGAGUCAUCCACUAUUGAAAAGGGUUUGGGGAUCUUUGGCAGUUCCUCAGCCACAAAAUGCUGAUAAUACAUUAUGUAUUUCCUUUGGAGCAGUGUUUUCCAUCUUUUAUUUUUAUUUUUAAUCAUUAUCAUUAGUCUGAGGAUUACAAAGUUUCCCCCCUCCCCUAUUUCAAAUUUUAGGUACAUUUUAGGGCAAGCAGCAAAUUCUUUUAUGCUGUAUGCUGUAGGGCUUGAUUCACUUCAUUAAAACAAAACAAAAUAUUAUUUCUCCUUCAAGAGUCCAGUGAUUUCUUUAGCCUGUCUACAUGCCCAAGGGGUAAAAUUCAUGGGGCUUUGUUGCAACUGGCUGGCUGUUUUAACAAAGAGGGUCAGUGAUGGAAAGAAGCCAAGAUUCCAGGUCGAAGCUAAAAUAAGAGCACAUUUUCAAAACUAAUUGGCCUUUUGGGUUUACACAGACACCUCCAAUUUUAAUAGACUAGUACUGUCACAACAAGAAAAUACCCUUUAGCAUCCUGUAUUAUUAAUUCAGCAGAAUAAAGUAGGCAAUUUUUUUGUGUGUGCAAUGGUAGCUUAAGAUGCCUCAGUUACACUCAAAUGGCUUGUGUUUCAGUUGAUUCAGUUGUGAAUGGAUCGAAACUUGUUCUGAUAAGUAUAAUGGGGGUUGAGAAGUGAACAAGGAUAUCAGAUUAUUUUAAAAUAAGUACAAUCUGCAACCGUUUAAUGUUCGUUAUUCUGAAACUCUCAUUGGUCCAUGUCUGCUGUGUGGAUCCCAAGUGAUCGCAUGCCCUUGUUGCACCUAUGUAAAUAUCACUCUCAUUUAUCCAAACAUGUCAUUGUCAGCCACAGGUCAUUCAGUUCAGAUAUCUGGAUUUGUACUGUAUAUGUAAUCUGUAAUAUGCAAAAACAAAACAAGAAAAUCUUUGAAAGGAAGCAAAAAACAAACACACCUAGGAGUCAACUAAAAAUGUAAGCGGGAUACUUGUUUUCAUAACUUCUUAUUUAAAUGCUUUAAAACUUAUUUGCUGCUAGGUAUUGCACAAAGUUUCAUGCACAGCUUAUAAAAUACCUGUUGUAAAAUGCUUUAUAUGCGAAUUGUGUUAUAUUGAAGGCUGUUUAUCAGUUCAGAGAAAGCUUUAAAGAAUUCAUGGUAAGAAAAAAAAUGUUCAAAGGAAGAAGAGAAGGAGGGAGAAAGAAUAUAUAGAUAUCUAAUGAUAUAUUCAGCACUUUUUUUUUUUUUUUUUGCUAUAACUUUCUGGUUUCCUUGCAAUGGAGAAAAUCCAAAAUUCAUCAACAGGUUUUGCUGUCUGCUGUUAUUGCAUCUAGUUUAUCAUCAGAAAAGCCUACAGACUUCAGGACAGGUUUGAUGUUGCUCCGCAAACUCUUGCAGUCUGUGGGAAGUGAUGCCAAUUUUGUUCUCCUUCAGAAUUCCACAUAACUUGUCUUCAGUGAGGCAUACUGUUGCAUCAAACUGCUCCCUUGACUGAUCUUUUGGGAACUUUUGAAUCUGGGUUCCACUGGAGGUUGAAAAAAGGAGCAGAUGGGAAAACUGACACUUUUUAACCAACAAAAGCAUUUGCUUCUGUGCUAGAGGGAACAGAUUGUGAAUUUUGUUUACAGCAUCCAAUAUUUGGAUUUUUUUGUAAAUAAAAAUGUUAUUUUUUCUA